UCAAAGCUACAAUGUUUACCAAGCGUAAAGAAAACUACAAGUUAUCUAUUAUGGACACUGACGCUGUGUGAUUUUAAAGUUUUCCUCCUCUCUCAAGCUCCAGAAUAAAAAGAUUUAUCUGCAUUGAAUCCAGAGCUUUUCCAUAAAGCCUUUCAAGAUGGAUAAGUUUCGUAUGAUGUUCCAGUUCCUCCAGUCCAACCAGGAGUCUUUCAUGAACGGGAUCUGUGGCAUCAUGGCGCUCGCCAGUGCCCAGAUGUACUCCGCCUUCGAGUUCAGCUGCCCCUGCAUGCCGGAAUACAACUACACCUAUGGGAUCGGACUGCUCUUCAUCCCUCCGAUCUGGUUCUUCCUGUUGGGUUUUGUUUUGAACAACAACGUGUCGGUGCUGGCGGAGGAGUGGAGGAGGCCGACCGGGAGGAGGACGAAGGAUCCCACCAUCCUGCGCUACAUGUUCUGCUCCAUCACCCAGAGGUCCCUGAUCGCCCCUGCGGUGUGGGUGUCCGUCACGCUCAUGGACGGAAAGAGCUUCCUGUGCGCUUUCAGCGUUGACUUGGAUCUGGACAGGUUUGGGAACUACAGCAUUCUUAGAGGGAUGUCGGAGGCGGAGAAGAUAAAAGUUCUGGCAAAGAUUCCCUGCAAAGAUCUGUUCGAGCAUCAGGAAGUACGAGUGGCAGCAUCCCGAUACAUCAAGUGCAUCUCACAGGCUUGUGGAUGGAUGUUUCUGCUCAUGAUGACCUUCACUGCCUUUCUGAUCCGCGCCAUCCGGCCUUGCUUCACCCAGGCCGCCUUCCUGAAAACCAAGUACUGGUCCCAUUACAUCGACAUCGAGCGCAAGAUGUUCGACGAGACCUGCAAGGAGCACGCCAAGAGCUUUGCCAAAGUCUGCAUCCACCAGUACUUUGAGAACAUCAGCGGGGAGAUGCAGAACCUGCACCGCCAUCGCAGGAGCGACAGCGACGACGAGGACGACGAAGACAAAAAGCGGAGCGACGAGGAGAAGCUGCUGGGCAUCAGGGCCCAGGAUGACAUGAACAAGGUGUUGUGGAACUGGCACACCUGUAAGCCAGCUUUAGCUCUGAGAAAGGACCUCAUGGAUCAGCAGAACAAUGGCAAACUGAAUGGAAACAUCAAUGGAAUGGCCAACGGGUUUGUGAAGGGACACACCCAUGAUGUGGAGAAAAAGGAAUGGGCUGUGUAUUACAGCAAGGUCUGAGCAGUCCAGAGGACCAAAUGAAAUCCUGCUGUUGGAUUUUUCUGGCAGUCAGACUGUAUUCCCAAGAUACAGACAGAAUUUGUUAGUAAUGUCUUCUGGAAUUUGGAAUGAUCACCAUGCGUCAUUAUGCUGAGUUUAAUCUGGUGUUUGUGAGUGAGAUAGUUUGACUGAUGAUAGUUUACAGAUAUUUACAAUACUUGAACAUUAUUCCGAUAAAAGAGAAAUAACAGAUUCAUUUGUUUCACAUGCAGAUCAUUAUAAUCUAAUAGGCGUGGUGACAAACCAGUUGUUUUUACUUCUUCCUCAGAGUGUUUAACCUCAUUCAUCAGGAUUCAUUGCUGUAAAACUCCUCUGCCGUUGCUCUUUAAGCUGACAAAGACAAACCCUGACGUCUGUAAGUUCUCGGCUGCUCAUAAGAACAGCUUGUAUCGGACUGAUAGUAAAAUGAUGUUACGGCGCACUAGAGGGUUCUCGUCAAUAGCUGCACUACCGGAUGUUUGAGUUGCACUCAAGUGCAGAGAUGUUCUAAAUAUUCCCUCACUGAAAGCGAGAA